AUGGGAAUUAAUGACCAUACUAUUUUGGAUAAUAGAUUAAGAAGUCCCAAAUAUAUUGCGGUUUUCAACCUAGCAUUUGUGGAUUUGUUAAGUAGCUCUGCUUUGGUGCCAAAGGUUCUUGACAUCUUUCUGUUUAACCAUCGAUAUAUUUCCUACAAUGACUGCUUGACAUUCAUGUUUUUCUGCUUCACUUUAAUUUCGAUGCAGGCUCUUAAUCUGGUUGCUCUCUCCUAUGACAGGCUGAUAGCUAUCCUCUAUCCACUGCACUAUCAUGUGAAGGUGACACACAAACGCAUGCUAUGUUUGAUUGCUUUUUUCUGGCUCUUUGCCAUUACUAGUACGCUGACUGCAGUUGGCUUUCUCACGAGGCUUUCUUUCUGUAGAUCUGUGGUGAUUAACAGCUAUUUCUGUGACCAUGGUCCUAUGUUCCGGCUUGCCUGCAAUGAUAUUACUCCUAAUGUGGUAAUUGCAGGUAUUUUACCCAUUCUGAUACUUUGGUUUCCAUUGUUUUUUAUCGUGGCAAGUUACAGCUCUAUUGGUUAUGCUUUGUCAAAAAUGUCUACAGUCCGGGAAAGAAUGAAGGCUUUUAAAACUUGUACAGGUCACCUUUCAUUAGUGGCAAUCUAUUUUCUUCCUAUUGUACUGGUUUAUGCGUUUAAGAGCACAGUACAUCCUAAUGCUAGAAUCAUCAACCUGUCUUUGUCCACUGUUAUCCCUCCUAUGUUGAACCCAAUCAUAUAUGUUCUGCAGACACAAGAAAUCAAAGAAUCCUUGAAAAAGUUGUUAAAAAUCAGUGAGCAAUCCAAAAUUGCAAUGAAAACGUAA